UCACAUCUCUGGAGCCAAAGAAUGGAAGAGCAGGGAAGUUGUAUUGAGAGAAAGCUCCUAAGAGCCAAGAGAGGUCCUGGAGGUCCGGCACAGAGUCAGAUGCAGGUCCCAUCUGGGUAUGGAUUACAUCAUCAAAACUAUAUUGCUGCCUCGGGACAUUACUCCCAAGGACCUGGCAAGAUGGCUGCAUCACCGUUGGAUGGCCAGUGCAGUGAUUAUUACUCUGGUCUCUAUACACCACCAGCGCAGAAAGUGGCAGCCUCAAGCACAGCCAGCCAUGAAGGAGCACAGCAAGUGUACUCUGGGGGGCCACCUGCACCGCCUCUUCUAGGGGCCCCACCCGGACUGGUCCCAGGGGCCUCUUCCACAGCAUCCCUUAUGCACACGAGUGCCUCCCAGCCAUACCCCUCAUUCGUGAAUUACUACAGUAGUCCAGCUGUCUACACUGCCAACUCCUCCGCUGCCUCUCAGGGAUUUCCUGCUACUUGUCAUUACUCAGUGUCAACUGUUUCUAAUGCUGUACAUCCCAGUGUUUGCUAUUCUUCUCCGCCUCCUGGUGACCCCUACACACGAGUGUUUACUUCACAGAAUGCUCUGGUGGCCGGGUCAGGUAGAGAGGGCUCAUUUCCUGGUCAGAAUGCAGCUCUGAGCCACCCAUCUGCACUGGGUCCUCUUCCGUCUCAGCAGCACCAGCAGCAGCAGCAGCAGACUCUUUCAGGGUUCAAUACUCUGUCAUGGUCAGUGCCAGGCCUUCCACCUGCCCAGGACAAUCUCCUCCGAAACCAUGCAGGAUCUGUGGCCUCAGCCAGCAACAGCCCUGCAGGUCCUGUUGCAGUCUCUCCAGCUGGUCCUGGCAUGCAGAAUGUCCCACCACCCAGGCCCGUCUCCACUGUUCUGCCUGGAGCACCAUCAGCAAGAGGACCACCUGCUGGGAAGUACCCACAGGAGUCUGCGGCCUUGGGCACUCAGCCGUCAGAGCUCACUCUGCAGAAAGGCAUGCAGUAUGGUGACUAUGUUAAUAAUCAAGCUAGCUCCGCACCGACUCCCUUGUCAUCAACUUCCGAUGAUGAGGAAGAGGAGGAGGAUGAGGAAGCAGGUGUGGACAGCUCCUCUACUACGAGCAGUGCCUCCCCAGUGCCCAACAGCUAUGAUGCCCUGGAGGGGGGCAGCUACGCAGACAUGCACUCUUCAUCGGCCAGCAGCCCUGCUCCAGACCCUGCGCCUGACCCGGACCCUGUGCCAGCACCCACCGCUCCUCAGUCCGUGAGGAUGGCUAAACCUUUUGGCCAUGGAUACCCAACGCUUCAGCCCGGCUAUCAGAAUGCUGCCGCACCACUCACCUCAGGAGUGCAGCCCAGUGGCCCGGUGGCCUUCCAACAGUACCCACAGCAGUAUCCUGGUGUGAACCAGCUGUCUUCCAGUCUGGGAGGAUUGAGUCUUCAGAGCUCCCCACAACCAGAAAGCCUGAGGCCUGUGAACCUCACACAGGAGAAGGAUGUUUUACCCACGACUCCUGUUUGGGCUCCUGUACCUAACUUGAACAUGGACCUCAAAAAGUUAAACUGCAGCCCAGAUUCCUUCCGGUGUACCCUGACAAAUAUCCCACAGACACAGGCGUUGCUGAAUAAAGCCAAACUUCCUUUGGGACUGCUGUUACAUCCCUUCAGAGACCUGACGCAGUUACCAGUGAUAACGUCAAAUACCAUUGUGCGGUGCCGAUCUUGUCGAACGUAUAUCAACCCUUUUGUGUCCUUCAUUGAUCAGCGUAGAUGGAAGUGCAACCUGUGCUACAGAGUUAAUGAUGUUCCUGAAGAGUUUAUGUAUAACCCCCUUACACGAUCUUACGGAGAACCUCACAAACGACCCGAAGUGCAGAAUUCAACUGUAGAGUUCAUCGCAUCCUCAGAUUACAUGCUCCGUCCUCCUCAGCCCGCAGUUUACCUGUUUGUUUUAGAUGUGUCGCAUAAUGCUGUGGAAGCUGGAUAUUUGACGGUUUUGUGCCAGUCGCUGUUAGAAAACUUAGACAAGCUUCCUGGAGAUUCACGAACAAGAAUAGGAUUCAUGACCUUUGACAGCACUAUUCAUUUCUACAGUUUACAGGAAGGAUUAUCACAGCCUCAGAUGUUGAUUGUGUCUGACAUAGAUGAUGUUUUUCUACCUACACCAGAUGGUUUACUUGUGAAUCUAUAUGAAAGCAAAGAGCUUAUAAAAGUCUUAUUGAAUGCAUUACCAAAUAUGUUCACCAACACAAGAGAAACACACAGUGCCCUUGGUCCGGCGCUUCAGGCUGCCUUUAAAUUAAUGUCUCCAACAGGUGGCCGUGUGUCUGUAUUUCAGACACAGUUACCUUCCUUGGGUGCAGGGCUUCUGCAGUCCCGAGAAGAUCCCAAUCAAAGAUCCAGCACAAAGGUGGUGCAGCAUCUUGGUCCUGCAACUGACUUUUAUAAGAAACUUGCUUUGGAUUGCUCGGGACAGCAGACAGCAGUGGACCUGUUCCUUUUAAGCUCACAAUAUUCUGACUUAGCUUCUCUAGCUUGCAUGUCCAAGUAUUCUGCAGGAUGCAUCUAUUAUUACCCAUCUUUCCACUGUACCCACAACCCUUCCCAAGCAGAAAAGUUGCAGAAGGACCUGAAACGGUAUCUUACAAGGAAAAUUGGGUUUGAAGCUGUCAUGAGGAUAAGGUGUACUAAAGGUCUUUCAAUGCACACCUUUCACGGAAACUUCUUUGUCCGCUCCACGGACCUGCUGUCUCUUGCCAACAUCAAUCCUGACGCUGGGUUCGCAGUGCAGCUGUCCAUUGAGGAGAACUUAACAGACACCUCUCUAGUGUGCUUUCAGACGGCACUACUCUACACGUCCAGCAAAGGUGAGCGGAGGAUUAGAGUACACACACUCUGCUUGCCCGUGGUGAGCUCCCUGGCAGAUGUGUAUGCAGGUGUGGACGUGCAAGCUGCUGUCUGUCUCCUUGCAAACAUGGCUGUGGAUCGAUCAGUUUCAUCAAGUCUGUCAGAUGCAAGAGAUGCCUUGGUUAAUGCUGUGGUGGACUCACUGUCAGCGUAUGGCUCUACCGUCUCAAACUUCCAGCACUCAGGCUUAAUCGCCCCUGCCUCCCUCAAGCUCUUUCCUCUCUAUGUUCUGGCCCUUCUCAAACAGAAAGCAUUUAGAACAGGUACAAGUACACGCCUGGAUGAUCGGGUAUAUGCCAUGUGCCAGAUAAAGUCCCAGCCGCUUGUUCAUCUGAUGAAAAUGAUUCACCCCAACUUAUACCGAAUAGACAGGCUGACAGAUGAGGGUGCAGUUCAUGUCAACGACAGGGUGGUGCCUCAGCCGCCUCUCCUGAAGCUGUCUGCAGAGAAGCUCACGCGGGAAGGCGCCUUCCUCAUGGACUGUGGCUCGGUUUUUUACAUUUGGAUUGGAAAUGGCUGUGACAGUCACUUCAUAGAGGACGUGCUUGGAUAUCCUAAUUUUGCAUCAGUACCACAGAAAAUGACACAUCUUCCAGAGCUGGACACGCUUUCAUCAGAAAGGACCAGAUCCUUUCUGACGUGGCUUCGAGACAGCAGGCCCUUGAGCCCCGUCCUCCACCUGGUGAAAGAUGAGAGUCCUGCUAAAACAGAGUUCUUCCAGCAUUUGGUUGAAGACCGUACAGAAGCUGCAUUCUCAUACUAUGAAUUUCUGGUUCAUGUCCAGCAGCAGAUUUGUAAGUGAAAUAGAAUAAAAGUGAUUGAGAGUCAAAAUGCAUAACCUAGGUAGCACAUAGUCUUGUCACAGAAGCACACGUGCUUGCUGGCUGUCUGGGGCUGUGGUGACUGGGAAGGGAGAAAGGAGCCGCACCGUCCCAACCACAGUGCCAUUGCCGUGGCGCUGCCCCUCGCAGGCUGGAGUCGGCUCUACCGUUCCAGUAGUUGAGUUCCUGUGCUCUCAGCACAAGCUGGCAAUCUCUGUAGCCAUGUGGAAUGACGUGUCAUCAUGUGAAAUUAGAUACAUCUGUUUUCUUAUGAUUCCUACAACCUUUCUGGACCUGAAUUCUGACAAGAGGCACCGCAAGGCAGUGGUUCCAUGUUACUAUGAGUUACUUUUUGACAAGGAAUGGUUCCUACCUAUUGUCCCUGUAAAGACAGUAGAGUUCCAGUACAUGAGCUAUAGAAAACUAUAUAUAUGAUGUACAUAAAUGUUACAUUUGUAAAGAAAAUGUAAAAAUGUAACUAUAGAAUAUGAAUUGCUUAAACUGUGCUUCUUUGUUGGAUGACAAUGCCUUUUGUCACAGUUAGAGAAUGAGAUUGACUAACACAUAUUAUGAAUUGAGGCCACAAAAGAAACACAAAACUUUGUAAUUCUGUUAAAUCUUUUAUGUGGAUUUAUUUAUGAUCAGCCUACUAAUUAAAAAUAUUUUGCUUGACA